AUGAACAAUCACACCUCCACCCCAGAUCCGCGUGCCCCACAGCCGAUCUCCACAACCCUUGUAAAACAGCAACCACCCUACCAACCCAAUACCCUCGUCUCAUACCCGCCUAAUCAAACCUCCUACACGCCUCCUCCUAACUUCUCACAUAACCCAUACAUACCUCCUCCGUACUGGUACCCUCCACCACCUGGACUAUUUCAUCCGUUUCCACCAACUGGAUCUACUGGAUCUGCUCCCUCCGAUAGUCAAAUGCCUCCCCCAUGGGCUCACCCACCGUUCAAUCACCCCAUGUAUCACCAUCCAUAUCCUAACCCAAUGAUCCCUAAUCACUACUCGUUGAAUCAUUUUCCACCUCUUUCAUCUGGCCCACCUGUUCUUCAACCACCUGCUGAUACGAGUCACGCGAUUACGAAUGAUCAGUUUGAACCUACGCUCAACCCGAUUUUACCAUCCACUACCAAUGCCAAUACCACCAUUGUCAAAACAACCGUUGAUGGAACUUCAGGCGAAACUCACGAAACUAAUGUAUCAAAUGACGUGCUCAUGACCGAAGUCAAUGCGACUAACGGCGAUGAUGAACAAGUGAUAGUUCAAGUUCAAAACAACGAGGAACUUGAACUUUUCACCGACAAUGAAUGUGACCAAGACUGGCCCCCCAUCGGUAUGUAG